GGAACAGCUGACUGUGCGGUGGGUGGUGCCAGAGACUGCUAUCUAUUGAGAGCAGUUACACACCUGAUAGUGAACACUAGCGAUAGACUGCUGUCUCAAUCCAAGUCCUGUUUAGAAACUGAUAAUUAUUUACACCACAACAUGGCUGAGACGGACCCCAAGUCGGUGCAGGACCUUACCAAUGUGGUCCAGACUCUGCUGCAACAGAUGCAGGACAAGUUCCAGACCAUGUCAGACCAGAUCAUCGGGAGGAUUGAUGAGAUGAGCACGCGCAUUGAUGACUUGGAGAAGAACAUCGCCGACCUGAUGACCCAGGCUGGUGUUGAAGAGAUUGAGGCAGCACCGGAAAAGGUUAAAGAGGGUCAAGGCUCCUAAUGAAGGUUCCCAAGUAUAACGGUGUGAAGUCGGUCCUACAUUCAGGAGCAGCAGACUUUUCGAACCUGAAAAUGACUAUUGAUUUGGUGUGUCGUUGUGUGAAAUGCUUUUUUAUAUAUUGAAUAUUGUGAUAAACGGUUAGUUAUGUAAUGACUUGAAAAGUGGAACGUUAUUUGUAAGUUAGAAUAGUGUGAUAUGCCCUUCAGAACCAUGUGCAGCGACUCAGAGGUUAUGUUGCGCUGCCAUCAUAUAUCUUAAUUAAUGAAAUCCCAUGAUGUUAUGGCUGAUUGGGACAGUUUUGCCUUAGCCUGUGCUGAGAAGUACAACCUGCAGGCUAGUUGGCCAGUGGAACCUCAAACCCUACCAACAUGGGAAAUGGGCAACGUGGACAUCUGAAGCCUGUGGGGUUUUACAAACAACACUGUUACUACCAAGCUCUGGGAUGCAUUCCAAUUUCAACUGAUUUUUCUUCUAUUAAAGCUAUUUAAUACAGUG